AUGGGCGCCUAUCUCUAUGGGCGCCUAUCUCUAUGGGCGCCUAUCUCUAGGGGCGCCUAUCUCUAUGGGCGCCUAUCUCUAUGGGCGCCUAUCUCUAUGGGCGCCUAUCUCUAUGGGCGCCUAUCUCUAUGGGCGCCUAUCUCUAGGGCGCCUAUCUCUAGGGGCGCCUAUCUCUAUGGGCGCCUAUCUCUAUGGGCGCCUAUCUCUAUGGGCGCCUAUCUCUAUGGGCGCCUAUCUCUAGGGGCGCCUAUCUCUAUGGGCGCCUAUCUCUAUGGGCGCCUAUCUCUAUGGGCGCCUAUCUCUAUGGGCGCCUAUCUCUAUGGGCGCCUAUCUCUAGGGGCGCCUAUCUCUAGGGGCGCCUAUCUCUAUGGGCGCCUAUCUCUAUGGGCGCCUAUCUCUAGGGGCGCCUAUCUCUAUGGGCGCCUAUCUCUAGGGGCGCCUAUCUCUAUGGGCGCCUAUCUCUAG